GCCAUGGUGUGUGGCAAUGAAGCGGCAGCGCCGUCGAGAUUCCGCAGAGAUGGGUGCGGCGACCGCUUCAAGAACUCAAGAACUCGACGCUAUCCACCACAGUCGCGCAUAGCUCGCUACUCCAAACACUCUGUAUUUCGCAUAGGCACUCUGGACUACCAACUUUCUGCUAUUUGCACCACUCGCACAUUGCUGAAUGAACGAAAGCAGUAAUUCCCAACGUCGCUCGAGUUUCGUCGUCAGCCGCAGGCUGUGCGAUGGCCGUCGUUGCUCGCGGUCUUCCUGGUCUCACCUUCGGCACCACGCCGCUCUUUGCGAUGGCCAGCACCAAAAGGACCCCGGCUAAGGAGCUGCCGCGCUGCUGGCAGUCUUUUGACCCAUCGCAUCCCACACCAAUCACUUCAGCAAUCAAGGAGGAGGUUCGGAAAGCUGGCGUCCCCGCUGGCCUCCGGGCGGAUUUCUAUUUUGUUGCCUCCGGCGCGCACAAGCUCGCCAGCGAUGCGCCAGCGGGCACUUACAAUGCGCUGGCGGCCAGCACGGCCGACCUGACCGACGAUGUCAUCAUUCAGGUGGAGGACGACAUCCGCGUGGCACGGAUUCUGCACAAGGACGAAACCCGUCUCUUUUCCACCGCCAAGGGCGCGGAGUCGCUGUCCCGCGUAAUCUUCGCGUACCUGCAACGGGAAGGCUUCAGCUACGGGGGAUACUGGAAGGGGCUUGCCAGCGUGGCCGCACAGCUGCUGACCGUGUUUGGCCGGGAGCGGGAGGAGCACGCCUUCUGGACGCUGGUGGCGCUGCUGGAGCGGCGCUUCUUUCCCCACGCCGGCGGCCACGUGCCCGCCGGCGCGCGCGUGGAGGUGCACGUGCUGCAGCAGCUGCUGGAGCAGCGGCAGCCGGCGCUGGCCGCGCUGCUGGCCAAGCUGUGCCCGGAGCCGAUGGAGCUGCUGGCCGGCUCCUGGUUCAGCACCGCCUUCGCGCGCACGCUACCGCACCAGGUGGUGCUCCGCAUCUGGGACUGCGUGGUGGUGGAAGGGCCUAAGGUGGCGCUGCGCGUGGCUCUCGCGAUAAUCAAGAUGUGCACCAGCAGCAUCCAGAGCUGCACCAGCAUGGACGUGCUGUGCCGGGUGGUGGAGGGCCGGCUCAGCCGCUGCACUGACGCGGACGCGCUGCUGGCCAUCGCCUUCAAGGGCCUGGGCAGCCUCAGCGGCUCCUCCAUCGACGCCAUCCGCGCCCGCGUCAUCGCCGCGGCCCAGCAGCACGCAGCAGCUGGAGGCGCGGCGUCGCGCUCCCGGGCCCAGCUGCUGCUUCCGCCUUCCGCGCCCAUGUUUGUGCUAGGGGGCAGCAGCGGUGGCGUGCUGACGCGCAGCAGCGGCAGCUCGGACGGAAUCGGCGGCGGCAGCGCCUCGAACGCGAGCAGCAGCAGCCGUGCGUCGCCUUGGCCCUCGCCCAAGGGCCACGCGGUCCUCAGCUCGGCGUCGGAGCGUGGGAUGUAACCUCCAGCGUAGGCGCCGUGUGGCUUGCGGUGGCAGUCUGUGGGGCCAGCUCAGUGCGGUGGACUCUUUGGGUGCGUGUUUGUGUUCGUGCGCGUUUGUGUUCGUGCGCGUGUAGGAUGUAAGGUGAACAGUUAUGCUGGGCGCGACCAUGCGAAGGGUGAUGCGGUCAGGGCUGCUGCAAGCUGCGCCGCGGCCUGCGUUGCGCAGAGCCAUACAUGUAACGCACAGCUGUUGUGUUUGCCAAUCGGGCCAGAGUAUGGCAGCGCGGCUUGACGAGGUUGCAUAGAGCCGAGGGCAGGGGUAUGGUGAGGGGGAGGGUGGCACUGGGGGGGAUGGCGUGAAGGGAUGGACGUCGGCUAACCCUGCUCUAACGAGUUUUAGGAUCUCUCUUCUUCCUGGCAAUAAAGAAGUGUGUACAUUAUCUGACGCUGGCGCGGCAGAGGGGAUGCGGUUCAGAGCGAGCGCAACAUCCGCGGUCAGUCGAACG